AUGCUGGAAGCGCACUGCUCGCUUCUGUUUGUGAACGCAAGUCGUCUAACUGCACCUGAAAGUCCGUUCGAAUGGACCUCUUCAGUACAACGAGGUCGCAGGCUGUGCUCCUCUCGCGUUGCUGUUCAAGAGCGCUUUCAGCUGAUUGCAGCAGCUGAUGACAAAAGUGCGAACUCGAGCUCAUCUCAGAAGCCUAAAAAGGAGGUUGGCCAUGGCGGCUCUUCGUCGAGCGUAGGGCAGUCACCGGCGAACGGGGCAAGUGUCCCGCGGACGGAAGCAAAACCCAGCGGUUUCGCUGCCGCAGCGGACGGGGCGCGCGAAGCGCACAGCGCAGAGAAGCCUGAUCAAAGCGCUGACGAAAGCGUGGAGCGCACUCCUGCCAGGAAGACCCCUGCUCGAGGGCAGCGACAGAGGCAGCUGACAGAGAACCUGGUACGUCUUGCCGAUGCUGCCGGCAAGCCGAUUGCUGCACUAGGCGGCGGAGCGAGGGCUCGUCUGGACGCCGCGAUCGAUGAAAUUCUAAAAAACACCGAUCCGCAGCAGGCGUCAAAACGACGAGCAGUAAGCGUACUGAAAGGCGCGGCGGACACGACCUGGACUUGGUGGCGGACGCAGGCGAUUCCACGUUUCAUUCGACCACGUCUACCGGAACCGCUCGCGUUGCGUAGCGACGAAGCCGUUGCAGCCGGGCUACAUGCGUUAUUUUUCGUCGUUUUCUUCGCGCUUCCAGGCCUCUUUCAUGGCUCUCCUGGCACCGAGAAGGAAGCGCUAAUCAAACGCCACGAACUCGAAUCGCAGACGAGCCGCCUCGAGCAGCGACUCAGCCGUCCAUCUGAUGGUACCCAAGCACCAGAGAAGAAACCCAGAGACCAGGGAACGCAAAUGAAUGGCUCCAGGUCGGCACCGAAAUCAUUCGCCACGAAGGGUGGUGUUCCAUCGGAGCUGUCGACUAGGGGUAGCGGGCGUGAGCCGUCCGCGGCAGUGCCGCCCAGAGCGCCUGCGCCCGAACCAAGUACACUGCCACCACGAGCGCUCGGAAAUGUUGUCGCUGCACUGCGGGAUGCACUCCCAGCAGAGCAGCGCGACUGGAUCUCGGAGGCCUCUUAUGACAGCCUGUCUGCGGAGCCGCUCAUUGUGGUUGAAGUUCGCCCGUCUACAUUCUUCAAAUCAACGCCCUCAGACCAAAUCGCAUUUACGACGAAGCUGCUCGAUGCAGCGCAGAAACUGGGUGUCAAUGCUCUACGCCUGGUGGACGGUGAGGGUAAUACUGUUGCAUCCGCCGGUGGACGUACAGUCGCCCUGUCUGGCACCGAGCGUCGUUUACAGACAGAAAUCCGAGCGCUGCGCAAAGAGCUCGAGCGUGCUGGAGCGGAGACUGCAGCCGCGAGAAGUGAGACUGCCGCUGCGCGGGAAGAGCUUGCUAUGGCAAAGGAAACGUACGCGAAGGAACGAGCCGAGCUGGAGCGAAACCUGCAAGCGAUAAAGGCGGAGAAUGUGCGCCUCGCUGCAGAUCUGCAGGACGCACAGCGAGAACUUGAACAGCAGCCCGAACGAGAGGCGUUACUGGCUCGUGCAGAGCACGCCGAAGAGGAGCGCCAAAAAUAUGCAGUUGCUGUGGAAUCCCUUGGUGAACAGGUUGCUGAAGCGCGCAGCGCUCAACAGAAAGCAGAGCAGGAAGCAGCGCAGGCUCGCUCCAAGGAGGCGGAGGCCAAAGAGCAACUGCGCUCAGCACUAAAUGACAUAGAGGCCAAGUUGGAAGGCCAACGAGCGCAGUUCGCGGCUGAACAGCAACAGCUGAAGGCCCAACAUGAAAAGGAACUGGCCGCGGCUCGUGAGGAAGCUCAGGCCGAGAUACGGCGCCUUCGGGAUGCGCUGGCUCACGCGGAGCAGAGCAAAGCCGAGGCCGUUUCGCAGGCACGCAGUGAAACUCAAGCCGAAAUAGAGCAACUUAGGAAGCGACUUGCGGAAGCGGCCAAGGAGCGUGAAACGGCGGUAGCAGCGGCGAAGCAGGAAGCGGCCCAAAGCAUGCAGGCGCUGGAAAAGAGGUUGCAGGAGGCAGCUGCCGAACAACAGCGACAGCUCGCGCAACUGGAAAAGCAAUCACAAGAGCAAGUACGUGCACUCGAAUCGCAGCUGGAAAAAGCAAAGUCGAAUACCGAGACCGCAGUGCGAGAGGCCACGGCACGUCUCGAGAAAGAGACAGAGCGUUUGCUGCAGGCAAAGGAACAGGAGCUGGUAGCAUCUCGCGCAGCUGUGGCCUCGCUCGAAGCAGAUUCGGAGAAACAGAUGAAGCGCCUACGGCAGGAGAGCGCCAGACAGAUCGCCUCGCUUGAAAAGCAGAUAUCUAAUGAAAGGAAAACGGCAGAGCAACUGCGCAAGCGCUUGCAGACUCUGGAGCAGCGGCUGCGUAGCCGACCAGGAGCGCCAGCAGAGUCAGAGACGCCAGCAUCUUCGACGGCAACGCCAGCUACCAGUUGA